UACCCUACCAUUCUAGAUAAGGUUUACCAUUUUUCUUUCCAUUUUCGAAACAACCAAAUGCUUCAUCAACAGUAACAAUUUGAGAAAAACUAAACCAAGAGAAAGCAACCUUCGACUCUUAUCCCAAGAUUCAAUCUUCAAUUCACUAGGACAUGAUUUUCUUGGAUGCUUUUCCUCCUUACCCACCAAUCUAAAUAUAUUUCAUUUCCUUCGAUUUUCUGUUUGUUCUUUCUUGCACAAGUAAAAAAAAAAAGAGAAGAAAGAUGUCAACUUUGGUGGUGAAUUCCCACAUUUUAUACCACAUAAACCAAAGCGGUGGUGGUGGUGGCUGCUACGUACUGCAAACAACUUCUGGGGGUUGUAAUUGGUUUGAUCGUAGAAAUAAUGGAAGCUCCAAAAAGAUUUCAAAGAGAGACUUGAGAGUAGAAGCGUUUUGGCCAGAUAUGACAAGACCUACUACUAUAGAGAUGGAACCCAUCAACGAUUCUGAGCAGCUCGAUCAGAUUCUACUCCAGGCUCAGGAAGUCUCCCAACCCAUUCUCGUUGAUUGGAUGGCUGCUUGGUGCCGAAAAUGCAUCUAUUUGAAGCCUAAGUUGGAGAAAUUAGCUGCUGAAUAUGAUACCAAGAUCAAGUUUUACUUUGUGGAUGUCAACAAGGUACCUCAAUCUCUAGUCAAGCGAGGAAACAUAUCUAAAAUGCCCACAAUACAGCUAUGGAAGGAUGGAGAGAUGAAAGCAGAAGUAAUUGGAGGACACAAGGCCUGGCUUGUGAUUGAAGAAGUCAGAGAGAUGAUCCAAAAAUUCAUUUGAUAAUUUGUAUUCCUGAUUAAGCUUGUAAUCAUGUAUAUGUGCCUAAAAUACAUUGAACCCAUCUUUCAUUUAGGUCACUUCCUUAAGAAUCAUAUAGAAUUGAAGUA